AUGCCGGGAGAACUCGCCGAGUCCAUCGACAACUGGAGACAUUCGGUCCCCAGCCGCAUGGAGCGCGAGGAUCCCUUCGUCAACGAUGGCUUCGUGCCUCGACCCGAGACUCGCGUCACCUUUCGUGAGCCGGAGAAGCCUCCUGCUCGCCGUCCAUCGACCCGCAUCGCCAUGAUGCGAGCCGCCAUCCCGCUCUUCCGCCGCUCCAACGGCCCCAACGCGCUCCAGCCAUCCCUCAUGGAACGCCCCGAGACGGCCCUGGGAGUUCGGGACGAAGAAGAGGACGAAGCGGUGACUGAGGCGAAGAACCCCAUCCGAGGCUUUUUUGCCCUGUUUGGUCGCAAGAGAAAGCACCGUAGUCCUUCGCCCACUCCCACGGUUGUCCUCGAUACGCCCUUGACCCUUCACUUUUUGUUUGUCGGCGCCCAGGGUGCUGGACAGACGUCUUUGCUUUUCCGUGCUCGUUACGGUCAUUUCCCCGACUCGAGCGCCAUCACUCGCACCUGUUACGAGACGUACACCAACCACCGCAUGUACUACUCUCAGCCGGACACCUCGGGCGCACCAGACUUGAACACGGUUGAGCGACUGUCGUACGUGCAGUGGGACGGCAUCUUCCUUUGCUUUGAUAUCAAAGAGAAGAAUUCUCUUCACACUAUUCUUCAGUGGUGGCAGAACGCUGUGCAGGGCGGUUUCCUCAGCCAGCAACAGAGCGAGGUUCUUCUUCACCUCAUCGGCAUGAAGAAGGAUCAGCGUGCUGAGUGCCUUGAUGAGGCCCACCGACUUCAAGGCCCCUUUGAUCCUUCAUAUGCGCCUUUUCCCACCUGCUGCGUGAUCCCCCAUGAUGCCAUGUGGUACGCUCGUCGUAUCGGAUGCCACCGCUACCUCGAGUGCUCUGCCAAGACCGGCGAAGGAGUGGACGUGAUGAUCGAAGAAGCCGGCGCCGAAGCGACCAGACGAGCCAUCAUAAUUGCUCGCAUGAUGCGCAUGGCGCCCGGCAAGAGACGCCUCUUCUAA